CAGCACCGCGGGCGCGGACCGAGGCUCGCCGGCCUCCCGCUACCGGCCCGCCGUUCCUCCUGGGGAGAAGCGGGUCCCGCGGAGGGGAGCGCCGGGGGCUCCUCCUUCCCCCCCCCCCCCCCCCCGCAGGGAUGGAAGAGAGGCACAGUCCCCCCGUGCCGUCCUUUCUUCCCGACCCCGGGCUGCCUUUGCUGCCGGCAGCGGGAGGCGGUCGGGCUGGCGACGGGGGCCGCUCGGCUGAUUCCCGGCUUGCUCCUGUCCUGUGGCGGAGGUGGCUGACGGCUCUCGAGGCUGAUCCAUCGGGCUGGGUUUGUGAUGCUCGGUCUUCCCGGCUCUCCCUCUCCCCGAGUCCUGUGUCUGCACAGCGCAGUAUGGAGGCUUGUGUUUCAAAUUUCUUCUUCUUUGCCUGAUCUGAAGGAGUAUCCUGCCAGAUGCAGGAGUUAUUCCUGGUUUCCCUCUAUAUCCACUGGGAACUGAGACCUCUGUAUCUGAGACAGGAGAAGCUCCCCAGUGUGACAAAUAUGCCGAGCAGAGCUCCUGAACAAGGGAGCCUCCUUUGAUAGAGUCAGUUCUACCCAGCUGGACAAACCCAGCCUCACCAGAAAGAAGACACUUGCAGAAGUAGCGAAGUGAUGUGAAGUCACCUUCCAAGAUGACUCUUCUACCUGGAGAAAAUUCCGACUAUGACUAUAGUGCUCUGAGCUGUGCUUCAGAUAAUUCCUUCAACCACACAUUCUUUCCAGAAACAGAAACCCUUAAGGGAGUCUUUUACCAAAGAGCCAAGCUAAUUCACCCUCAAGAGGAUCUCCUGAAAGGCUUUCACCCUGAUGAUCGGAAGCAUCAUAUUAUUAUAAACGUAGGGGGCAUUAAGUAUUUGCUCCCGUGGACCACGCUUGAUGAAUUCCCAUUGACACGUUUGGGACAACUAAAAUUCUGUAAUAAUUUUGAUGACAUUCUGAACAUCUGUGAUGAUUACGAUGUGACAUGUAAUGAAUUCUUUUUCGACCGCAACCCGGGGGCGUUCAGGACAAUCCUGACCUUUUUGCGGGUUGGAAAACUUCGGCUCUUGCGUGAGAUGUGUGCACUGUCUUUCCAAGAGGAGCUGCUCUACUGGGGAAUUGAGGAAGACAGCUUGGACUGGUGCUGUAAAAGGAGAUAUCUGCAAAAAAUGGAGGAGUUUACAGAAAUAAAUGAACGGGAGGAUGACCUCGUAGAAAAUGAAACAACAGGUGAAACAGUAGAGGAGACAAAAAUUGGCUUGUGCAUGAAAAAGUUGCAAGACAUGGUGGAAAGGCCCCAGUCUGGCCUCCCUGGAAAGGUGUUUGCUUGUUUGUCUGUUUUAUUUGUAACUAUUACAGCGGUGAACUUAUCCAUCAGCACCAUGCCUGACCUGAGGGAGGAGGAGGAAAAGGGCGAGUGUUCCCAGAUGUGCUACAAUAUUUUCAUUGUGGAGUCUGUCUGUGUGGCGUGGUUCUCCCUGGAGUUCCUGCUAAGAUUCAUCCAGGCAAAGAGCAAGUUUGCAUUUUUGCGGAGACCGUUAACCCUGAUAGACAUAAUAGCCAUUCUGCCAUACUACAUCACGUUGCUAGUAGACACCACUUCAGUGGGCUAUAAAAAGCCCAGCUCCGGGAGCAUCUACCUGGACAAAGUAGGUCUGGUCCUCCGUAUUCUCCGUGCCUUGAGGAUUCUCUACGUCAUGCGGCUGGCCAGGCACUCGCUGGGGCUGCAGACGCUGGGGCUGACCGCUCGCAGGUGCACCCGCGAGUUCGGGCUCUUGCUGCUCUUCCUCUGCGUGGCCAUCGCACUGUUCGCACCGCUCCUGUACGUCAUCGAGAACGAGAUGGCGGACUCACAGGAGUUUACCAGCAUCCCCGCGUGCUACUGGUGGGCUGUCAUCACCAUGACCACGGUAGGCUACGGAGAUAUGGUUCCCAGAAGCAUUCCCGGCCAAGUGGUGGCACUCAGCAGCAUACUGAGUGGCAUCCUCCUCAUGGCAUUCCCAGUCACCUCCAUCUUCCACACGUUUUCACGCUCCUACAUUGAGCUAAAGCAGGAGCAGGAAAGAAUAAUGUACAGGAGAGCACAGUUCUUAUUAAAAACAAAGUCUCAGAUAAGCAAUGCGUCACAAGGGAGUGAUAUUUUAUUCCCCAGUAUCUCUUCUGAGACUAGGGACAAUGAAUGAAAUGUAAGUUACUAUUUCUCCUGAUGUCAAGUAAUGUUUUGUUGUGUCAGAUGCCACCUUCUAAUCUGCUUCGGAAGCAUUUUACAAAGGUAACCCUCAUAUUAAAAUGAAGAAAAGGAGCUAUUAACCAGGAACUGAUGUGGUUUAAGGAGUCUAUUAUUAUGCUGUUUCUUCCCCCACCCCGUAUAAUGUAUAGGACAGAUCUUUCACCGAGAUCAUACAGUGGGAUUUUAGGAAUUAAAAGUCCUCUGACAAAAAAAAAGAACAAUAUAUAAUUAUGUACCUGACAGGCUGUUUUGCCAUUCGUAAUACACAUUUUUCCAACCAAAUCACAAUGUAUAUAAUCAUUAAACAGGCUGCCAUUUUUCUUGUUCUUCUUGUAUAUAAAUAAUGUAAAUACAACAAAAUUAAUGGCUAAAUUCUCUCCCAGUAAAACGCCUUAGAGCGUAAUGGAAAUAACCACAGAUGUUUUUCCCAUUGUGCUCUUAAAAAAACAUUAAGAUUUGUCAUUCACAACAGCAACUGUAUGUUUCUCUGUAAGUCAGCCCUAAACAUACCAGAAAAGAAGAAUCGAGCUGUUUGUAUCAUAACCUUGCUAAAGAUGUAAAUACUUAUAGCUCACCAGCUUCAAAAUUUAAUUGAAGUUACAGUGUUGAUCCUAUGUCAUUGAAUGCAGUAUUCCCAGGAACAAAGUCUUUGAGUUUUGUAGCCUUUAACAUUAUUAUCAAGAAGUUACUAGCUGCAAAUCAAAUGAAAUAUGCAUGAUGAGAUGCCAGUCGUUCCCUACCAUCUGUUUCCAUGUUUUUACUUUACCUCAGAUAUGAAACAGAAUUAAAAGAGGCCUGUUUCCAGGGGACACCCUACCAUUACUUGGCAAAUCGACGCUGCGGCUACCCAUUCAGAUUCAGCAUUUGGUUCUUUAAAAGGAGCAGAAAAUACAUGGUCGUGGGAAGUUGCCAAUGAUGAAAAAAAGAAAAUAUCAUUUGAGUCAUGGAGUGGGGGGGUACUGACAGCUUUAUACUUUACUGUCCUCAAUAAUGAGGGACUUAAGACUUAAUUAACUAUACCUUUGCCGUCAUUACAGACAUCAUAGUAAUGGAGAAAAUUUUAAAUAGGAUAUGAAAAAGCAAUUAAGGUCCCAAAACACAACCACAUAUUCUUCAUCCACGUGUGUGUCUUGGUCUACGUUCCCCUGCUGAAGUCAGUGGGAACACAUGGGUCAAUGAGACAUUCAGGUUUGGCACAGGUUUCUAUGGAGAUUAAUGACAGACCUCCCAUUUAUUUUAGAGGGUAUGAGACUGGCUUGCAUAACAGCUCAGGAGACAAACUCCAGAACUUUAAAAAAAUAUUUAAAUCCACUUACUUGAUUUCAUAUGUCCUCAGAGGUAAAGAAAAGCUAAUCUGAAGAGUUUCACCUUUUUUUCCCCUCUUUUUUGGUAAAUUUACCUAUUAACAGUUAAGAGCUAGGGAAUUUUAGAAGUUCCCAUCGCAUUCACCAUCCUAAUUUUCAAAAUUACUAUUUCUUAUUGGCAUUUGUGGAGCAGCUUACUAGAAAUGUCAGAAUGCAUGAUUGGUAUGUGAUUUAAAUUAAGGCCAAGGACACAAACGUUGUCCUUUCAAAAAAGAUAGAAUUAGUUCCUCAGCCUAUGGUGUUUGGCCAAGCCCACAUUACACUGGUUUUCUUUUCAAAUACAAUUUGAAGGUGUUCUGAUAUUCUUAAAGAAUAAUUCCAAAAUUUCAAAAAAAUGCACUUUACACAUAAUUAGGACUCCAGCAUUCUUCAGCGUGUCGUAGGUAAAUAUGCCUAUGGAGUAUUACUGCAGAGCGCUAAAAUAUCCAGUCUAAACUCUUGGCAAUUAAUUAUGUGCCAGAGCUACGAAUGUAACCAGCUUUUCAGUCUUGUUCUUCAGCUUUCAUUAGAGUUGGACAAAAAACAGGAACAUCAUGACAAAAAAGGGACACAUUUUCCAUCCAAAAUACUCUUAAUUUCAAAACUGUUUGAUCAUCUGUAGCAUUGGCUUCAACACAAGUGCUAUACAUUCUUAUACCUUUGUGUCAGCAUUUGUUAUAGAAAGAACUGGUAAUUAGAUUAGUCCUGUGAGCAACAGUUGCUUAUCUCAGAAUGUGUUUGACAGGCUGAGCCAAAAAUAAGAAGCUGUAAGUGAAUAUAAGGAGAAAUCAAGACUUACCAAAUAAAACCUAAGCUUAUUUCCAUGUUAUGCUAGCUAAUAAAUGCUGACGGUCCAUCCAUUUUCUCAAUGUCUUUACAUCAAGUUAAUGCUCAUUUAUUUCAUGUAUCACUUUACUUUUUUAUCGCAAAAUUAUAGGUUGAAUCUAGUCUUUGUCCAGAAAAUAAAAAUUAAAAAAAAAAACAAACCCACCCUGAAGUCGUGUGUUGGUUGAGCAAACUUGUGAAAGCAUCUUGCCUGUUGCAAGUUCUGCCUAAACUAGGAACAAAUAAGCCAUCCAGGAUGUACCCCUAUGUAAUUUUGUACUUGGCAACACGUUACUUGUAAGCAUAUCAACAUGUUUUACUAUGAAUCACUGUAACGAACUUGCUUAUGUUUCACAGGAGCCAAUACAUACUGUAGUCCUUGUGCUAAAUAAAUCCAGCUAUAAGUCUUAAGAGCACAACAUCAGUGUGAAACCCACAUGCUGUGUUCCAGCUUUUACUGUGAAGACUGAGGGUCUAAGAUGAUUAUGCCUCUUUACAGUAUAUUAUCUGCAUUUUUAGUCAAAUUCAUGAAAAUUAUGGAUUGAUUCAAAAGGUGACUGUUUCCAGUGACACAGCUGACAGCUACCAAGUCAGCUAUCACUCCUUUUUUGCAUUUUAACAGCAUGUGCAGUCAACAAGAAAGUUCCAAUAAAAACACUUUGUGCUUUUAUGAAGUCAAAAGAAUUGUUUGAAUUGCCACUGAUAAAGUGGUGCAUGUCUCCAAUAGAGAUAGGCUUGCAUUGCUAUUUAUAUUAUCCUCUGUAUACUGCAGUAAUAUGUACAGUAUGAAUUCAAACAGCAGUAGCUGUAUUAAUUUUGAUUAAUAAAGUGUUAGGCUCUCCUUUAAUUUUCAUGUGCUUCUUACGGUAUAGAAAGACUGUCGCACGUGCUAUAGGCAUGCUUGACAACCUGGGGUCAAUAUGAGAAGUGAGUGGUAGCUAAGGGAGAAUUUGGGCUAUGAGCAUUGCUAGCUGAAGCAGGCUGGCUGUGAUAGGAAGCAUUUAUUAGGGAAGAAAAUUAUCUCAGUAUAAAAAAACCUAGGUACCAAUUGAGCAGCUUGUAUAGGGAAACCUCUUUCUUGCAUGUUGUCCCAAGAAUCACAAUCACAGUUAAUUGGGACAUAGCUUUAAAAUAUUUUAACCUUUUAACCAAAGAAUCUAACAGAUUCAGAAAAGAACAUGAAGGAUCUGUGGAGACUGAGAAAAAGAAAAAUCCCUGAAAAAAACAGAAUUUCCAGGUAAGGUGGUAUAUUAAAUUACUUUCUCCAAAAUCUUUCCAUCCUUCUUCCUCAAAAACAAUAAUAAAAGCGAAAAAAAAUCACUUGGUGAGUGCAACACUGAUAAAUGAAGACAGAGCCACAAGGCUUCUCUAACUGUACAUCAAAGAACAUAAUUUGCAAGGUGAGUUGGAAUAAUUUGUAUUACACCAACAUUCAUUACAGGUCAAGGUCUUAAGGAAAUUUCUCUUUAGGGAAUACAUAGGACUUGCCUCCAUUUGUCCCUUUAUAUUUUUUCCACUGUAAUUCUGUACUCCAGAUUUCCAUAGUCGGAGGCUUUAGUAGUGUCAUUGAAUAGUCAGAGUCUUAAGCAAUGUCCAAUUAAACAAUAAAAAAAAUCAUGCAGAACUGAAUCAGGGAUUUACACAUCAUCAGAUGCACGUCUGGGAAGGAAAACUGGCAUGCUCGAUACAUUCAUGUCUUGUGUGGGUAGAGUUUAACUGGGUAUUCAGGCUGAUGCAAAAGCAAAAGUUUUUGCUGUAGAAGGUUCUCAUUCCUACGCUAUAGCUCUCCUCUGUAACUAAAACCAAAGUUUCAUAUGAAUCUCUGUGAACAAAAGCUUUCUACUCAAACAGUCCUUGAGGCUACAGACUAAGUCUCAGAGUAAAAAUUCAUUUUAGGCACUUGCCAAAGUGCCUGAAGAGGCAGCCUUGUCAAAAGAUCUGAAUCACCACUGGGAGAUACGUAGUCUUCUCUAUUUCUUAUUUUUUAACAGAGGGAGCCUAGAAGGAAUUAGAUUCCUAAUUCAGGUGUCACAUUAAAAGGCCAAUAUUAGGAUAGAUGAAUUGGAGUCUUAUUCUUCAAUUGCACAGAACCACCAACAUCUACCAGCAUUAACUCCACAUCACUUGUCCUUUCCACAUCUCAUUCACUGUAUGUGGGGACCAAGGAAUAUGAAGCAGCACAAAGAAUCCAGAUCCAGAGACGUCAGCUUGUUCCUGGUCAGGGUCAGUUUGAAACAAUAAGACAGCAGCAAAUAGAACAGUUCUUGGCAGCUCAUGUCUGACUGUAAAAUAGUUUAGUUCCAUACACUUACUGGGUUUGGGUUUUUUUUUUGCUUAGCUGAGAAAAAAGACUAGUAAGUUAAAACAAGAAGAAAGGAACAGAUACUUCUCAUAACAAAGCUACAAAAUUUCACAAUCCUCUCUUGGAUUUGCAACAGGCUGAAAAAACUGGACCUGAUAAUCCUAAACCUACAUAGAUUUAAUUGACUGCAUUUAAUCAGAAAUUAAACAAAAAAGUGACAAAUGUGACUUUGAAGACUGUGACAUCAAUCUCUGCUCACAUGUCUCUCAGUGACGUUAACCCCUAACCUGACCAGUUAACUCUGGCCCAGGUGUCAGAGAGUUUCACCAUUUUCACAUUCAUUACUCAGGAUUUUCAUUUCUAUCAGUAGUUGCUACAACAGUAUAUGGGCCAGUUUUUUCUGUGUUAAUAGUUCUGUUGGCUACCUUAUGCAAGAUUUGACAGUGAAUUUAGUAUCUGUUUAUCCGAAAGAUGAUAUGGGUACCAAAAAUACAGGAAAAAAAAAAAAAGCCCAAGUACAAUGUCUUCUGAGAUGGUGGAACUGUGGUAUCUCAUAGGCACAAAGAGUGCAACCAGAGAAACCAGACAGAACUGAAGGCUUGAAACUACAGUUCAUGACGGCAGAUGAAUGUCACCCCUGUCAACAAAAAUACACUUCAGAAGUUCUAUUGAUAAAACAGAAAACGCUUAACACUAGAUUUACCCACUCACUCAUUUACCACUUCCUCUGUGGCAUUUUAACAAUCCCAUUUCGGCAUUACUAAUGAUCUCAGUGUUCCUAACAUAGUAAUGAUCGUAUAAAAAACAGGAAGGUGAAGAUCCAAAACUUGUACUUCACUGAAUCAAUUCAGCUCUGUGCAUGUUCUGUCUUGCCUUGUACCAUUAGAGUGUAAGUCCUUAGGACAGGAUUCCUUGUUUGGCAGCUGUCAGUCACUAUGUAAAAUCAUACACCACAAAUAAAGAUAAAUUUCUACACCACAAAUAAAGUCAAGGAGAAUUUUGCCUGUGCUGCCAAACUGAAAAAGUUCAGUUUGGCCUAUUAAUUAUUAACAAUAAAACCACACCUUUCUCCCUU